CGUGUGCCCUCUGCAUCAGAAAGUCAAUUUGCGAUGAUGUUACUGGGACCGAGGUUUCCUGGUUCACCACGAGCGAAGCAAUCGACAGAAGCAUAGGAUCCCCGUGGAAGGAGCUGACGAUGGACCUGAGAUCUCAAAAAAAGUGAAAAACAUCAUGUGAGUCGUUUGUGAACAACACUGAUCCAAAGCCUGUAGCUGCCAGUAUGAAGCGAAAAGAACCCCAGCCUUUCCUGAGGUAUUUGGUGGAUGAGAAGAAGUUUGUGCUUAUCAGACCAUGCAGGAGAAAAAGACACGAGAAGAAACAACAGAGUUCACAAGUUACCAAUAUCACAGCAGAUCAUAGCAACAGUCUACAGAAGUCAGAUGAUGAUGCCAGUGCUUUUGAGAAACACAGUAAACGUUCACAGAAGUUUGAAGAGGUCGCCAGUGCUUUUGAGAAACAAAGUAAAAGUUCACAGAAGUUUGAAGAGGUGGCCAGUGUAUCUGAGAAGCACAGUAGAUAUCCACAGAGAUCGGUUGACGUUGCCAGUGUCUCUGAGAAACACAGUAAAAGUUCAAAGAAGUCUCAAGAGGUCACCAGUGUUUCUGAGAAACAAAAUAAAAGUUCACAGAGGUCAGAUGAGAUUGCCAAUGUCUCUGAGAAACAUAGUAAAAGUUCACAAAAAUCUGAAAAAGUCGCCAGUGUCUCUCAGAAACACAAUAAAAGCUCACAGAAGUCUGAAGAGGUCGCCAGUUCUUCUAGGAAACAUAGUAAAAGUUCUGAAGAGGUGGCCAGUGUUUCUGAGAAAUCAAGGAAAAGUUCACAGAGGUCAGAUGAAGGUGCCAUUGUCUCUGAGAAACACAGUAAAAGCUCACAAAAAUCUGAAAAAGUGGCCAGUGUUCCUGAAAAACCAAGUAAAAGUUCACAGAAGUUACAUGAGGUCACCAAUAUCUAUGAGAAAAACAGUAAAAGUUCACAGAAGACGAAUGUCUCCAGUGUCAUAGAAAAACCCAGCAAGAGCGUAAAGUCAGAUGUUGUCUGCAGUGUCACAGAGAAACCCAUUAGGAGUGAGAAGUCAGAUGUCUCCAAUGUCACAGAGAAACCCAGCAAGAGUGGGAAGUCUGAUGUUGUCUGCAGUGACACAGAGAAACCCAGCAAGAGUGGGCAGUCACAUGUUGUCUCCAGUGUCACAGAGAAACACAGCAAGAGUGGGAAGUCAGAUGUUGUCUCCAGUGUCACAGAGAAACCCAGCAAGAGUAGGAAGUCAGAUGUUGUCUCCAGUGUCACAGAGAAACCCAGCAAGAGUCGGCAGUCAGAUGUUGUCUCUAGUGUCACAGAGAAACCCAGCAAGAGUGGGCAGUCAGAUGUUGUCUCCAGUGUCACAGAAAAACCCAGCAAGAGUGGGCAGUCAGAUGUUGUCUCCAGUUACACAGAGAAACCCAGCAAGAGUGGGAAGUCAGUUGUUGUCUCCAGUGUCACAGAGAAACCCAGCAAGAGUGGGAAGUCAGAUAUUGUCCCCAGUGUCACAGAGAAACCCAGCAAGAGUGGGAAGUCAGAUGUUGUCUCCAGUGUCACAGAGAAACCCAGCAAGAGUGGGAAGUCAGAUGUUGUCUCCAGUGUCACAGAGAAACCCAGCAAGAGUGGGAAGUCAGAUGUUGUUUGCAGUGACACAGAGAAACCCAGCAAGAGUGGGAAGUCAGAUGUUGUCUCCAGUGUCACAGAGAAACCCAGCAAGAGUGGGAAGUCAGAUGUUGUCUCCAGUGUCACAGAGAAACCCAGCAAGAACAGGAAGUCAGAUGUUGUCUCCAGUGUCACAGAGAAACCCAGGAAGGGUGGGAAGUCAGAUGUUGUCUCUAGUGUCACAUCAGAUGUUGUCUCCAGUGACACAGAGAAACCAAGCAAGAACAGGAAGUCAGAUGUUGUCUCCAGUGUCACAGAGAAACCCAGGAAGGGUGGGAAGUCAGAUGUUGUCUCCAGUGUCACAGAGAAACCCAGCAAGAGUGGGAAGUCAGAUGUUGUCUCCAGUGUCACGUCAGAUGUUGUCUCCAGUGUCACAGAGAAACCCAGCAAGAGUGGGAAGUCAGAUGUUGUCUCCAGUGUCACAGAGAAACCCAGCAAGAGUGGGAAGUCAGAUGUUGUCUCCAGUGUCACAGAGAAACCCAGCAAGAACAGGAAGUCAGAUGUUGUCUCCAGUGUCACAGAGAAACCCAGCAAGAGUGGGAAGUCAGAUGUUGUCUCCAGUGUCACAGAGAAACCCAGCAAGAACAGGAAGUCAGAUGUUGUCUCCAGUGUCACAGAGAAACCCAGGAAGGGUGGGAAGUCAGAUGUUGUCUCCAGUGUCACAGAGAAACCCAGCAAGAGUGGGAAGUCAGAUGUUGUCUCUAGUGUCACAUCAGAUGUUGUCUCCAGUGACACAGAGAAACCAAGCAAGAGCAGGAAGUCAGAUGUUGUCUCCAGUGUCACAGAGAAACCCAGCAAGAGUGGGAAGUCAGAUGUUGUCUCCAGUGACACAGAGAAACCCAGCAAGAGUGGGAAGUCAGAUGUUGUCUCCAGUGUCACAGAGAAACCCAGCAAGAGUGGGAAGUCAGAUGUUGUCUCCAGUGUCACAGAGAAACCCAGGAAGGGUGGGAAGUCAGAUGUUGUCUCCAGUGUCACAGAGAAACCCAGCAAGAGUGGGAAGUCAGAUGUUGUCUCUAGUGUCACAUCAGAUGUUGUCUCCAGUGACAUAGAGAAACCCAGCAAGAGCAGGAAGUCAGAUGUUGUCUCCAGUGUCACAGAAAAACCCAGCAAGGGUUGGAAGUCCGAUGUUGUCUCUAGUGUCACAGAGAAACCCAGCAAGAGUGGGAAGUCCGAUGUUGUCUCUAGUGUCACAGAGAAACCCAGCAAGAGUGGGAAGUCACAUAUUGUCCCCAGUGUCACUGAGAAACCCCUUGAAGGACUGAGAAAUCAGUUGCCAGGAAUAUUCACAAAACACUCACCAUGUUGCAGAAUACAGAUGGUGUUUUAGAUGUCUUAGCUAAAC